CUCUUUUGAUCUUUUCGGCAAUUAAUUAAUUUAACUCUUUUUUAUCUUUUCUUCCCUCUGAUGGCGGACGGAGGAGGAGAGGAGCCCGAGGAGCUCAGCGACAAGCAGAAGGCGGAGAUCGCGAGAUGGUUCCUCACCAGCGCCCCCGCCGGCGAGAUCCAGUAUGUCGCCAAAGACGUGAGGUCGAUACUAGGGGACGACAAAAUCUACGAGCUUGCCGCUGCAGAGGCUUUUCCCGUCUACAACAAAACUCAUUUUAUCGCUCUCCAGAUGCCCGAUCGAAGUGGCGAUGUGCUUAUUACCACAUAUGGAGAACUUGACAAGAACAACUAUCUUGAUCCUAGGACUGCUCAAGUUGCCACAGUGGAUCAUGCCAAGCAAGUUUGCACUAGUUUAAGACCUGCCAAUGAUGAGGAACUCCCAUCUGCGUAUGUUGAAGAAUUCAGGGGUUCCCUGGAUGCUGAACUUAGCAAAUAUGUUGCAGAAACUUAUCCAAAAGGAACUUGUGCUGUUUACAGCACUAGUGGAAAAGAUUCAGAAGGACCAGGAGUUGAUUUCGAGUUUGCAGUGGUGAUUUCUGCUGCUAAGCAUAGCCCACAGAACUUCUGUAAUGGCAGCUGGCGAUCAAUUUGGACUGUAGAUUUCAAGGAUGAUACACAGAUUGUUGAAAUAAAAGGAAAGAUACAGGUAGUAGCUCAUUACUUUGAAGAAGGAAAUGUCCAGUUGGAUGCUAAAAAUGAAUGCAAGGAUUCCACUAUUUUCCAGUCUCCUGAAGAUUGUGCAGUCUCAAUAACCAACAUUGUUCGCAACCAUGAGACUGAAUACAUGGCAUAUCUUGAGGCAUCUUAUUUAAAUUUACCCGACACCACUUUCAAGGAUCUGAGGAGGAAACUUCCUGUCACUCGAACUCUUUUCCCAUGGCAGAACACCAUCCAAUUCAGCCUCACCAAGGACAUAAACAAAGAACUUGGAAUCGGAAAGUGAAAACGAGGAAGUUGAGGAAAGUGAUAACCUUCGUUCUCACGCUCAAACUUCCUUUUACUCUUGUUUACGUAAAAGAGCGAUCUGUUCUUUUAAUUGUAUUCGUAUAUCUCAUAGCUUUGCCCUUUAUAUUUCUUUUGUAAGUUGCAUCAUUGUAAAAAAAAUAACUUCAUUAGAGACAUUUACCAACUCUUUUUGUACCGAAUUGGCUCGAUGUGUGUGAUUCGCGAUCUUUGAAAGGAAAUCGUUUUUGCGUCUCA